GCAUAAUUAUAAGGUAUGAACUUUACAUGAGAAAAAAAUUAAAACCAGCUGGGAACUUUCUUCCUCCUGAAAUUCGUAUUUUUCAAAGCAGUGGAUGGCUCAGUCCUCAACCAAUUAUGGAGUCUCCUAAUGAAAAUGCCCUGGCUCCACCGCAGACCAGUACCACAGUCACUGAUCUGGAGCCAUUCACAGAGUAUGAAUUUUAUGUGCUAGCAGUAAACAUGGCGGGUAGCAUAUCUUCAGACUGGAUAUCAGGACGAACAGGAGAGGCUGCCCCAGUGUUCAUGCCAUCUCCAUCAGUAUUCCCUCUUUCACCAUAUUCCCUCAAUGUGUCAUGGGAAAAACCUGAAGAUGAUUUAGCAAGAGGAGAAGUGAUGGGAUACAGCAUCAGUCUGAUGACAGAACAAAGGUUCUUGCCACCGUUUUCCCAGGUUUUGCAUGUAGCUGAGGCUCAUGAGCUAUCCUAUGUAGCGACGGGAUUAAAACCUUACAGGACGUACAACUUCACUGUCACUCUCUGCAAUCAAAUUGGUUGUGUAACCAGUGAGCCAGGCAAGGGGCAAACCUUGGCAGCUGCUCCAAGAAAACUUAAGUGCCCUCGUGUUGAAGGAAUAAACAGCACAACGGUAAAGAUAAAUUGGAAUGAACCUGAAGAACUUAAUGGGCCUUCUCCCAUCUACCAGGUGGAAAGGAUGGAUUCAUCUCUAGCUACAUUGAGUACAGAAGUAAUGAAAGGGAUCCGUUUCCCAGGAAAUGGAUAUUACAGAUUUGCUAGUUCCACUCUCCCCGCCAAUACUUACUUUACAGGUAUUAAAGUGAAAUUUAGAACCCGGGAACCUGAUGGUUUGAUUUUUUUCUCUGCAUCACCUGGGAAUCAAGAGGAAUACAUUGCACUUCAACUGAGGAGUGGGCGUCCUUACUUUCUUUUUGAUCCACAGGGAUCUGCGGUAGCAGUCACUCCAACUAAUGAUGGUGGAAAAGAGUACAACGAUAACAGUUGGCACCAAAUAAUUGCUACAAGAAUUCAAGCACUGGGAAACAUCACAGUGGAUGGGCAGUACACAGGUUCUUCCUUAGCAACUAGUGGCAGCACCAUUAUUGGAGAGAACACGGGAGUUUUUGUUGGAGGACUUCCACAGGGUUAUACUAUUGUAAGAAAGGAUGUAGGGAUGAAGGUGAUAGUCCGGAAAGGAUUUGUGGGGUGUCUCAGUGACAUAUUUUUGAAAAAAGUGCAUACUCCCUUUGAAAACUGGGAAUCUUUGAACUGGCAGGAUGCUGAAGAGCAAAACAAUGUCUGUCAUUUUUGGGAAGGAUGCCCCAUUGUCCUCUCAGAAGGAGCACAGUUUCUUGGCAAAGGGUUCCUGGAACUGCAUUCAGAUGUUUUCAGUGGUGGACCGGAAUUUGAGAUCUCAUUCAAAUUUAGAACAGAUCAACUGAAUGGAUUGCUUUUGUUUGUUUACAAUAAAUAUGGCCCAGAUUAUCUUGCAAUUGAACUGAAAAGUGGAAUAUUAAACAUCUUUUUAAAAACUGGCAUUGUCUUUACACAAGUGGAUGUCUGGUUAGGACUGUCUUAUUGUGAUGGCAAGUGGAACAAAGUCACAGUGAACAAGGAGGGCUCCAUAGUUUCAGCGAGUAUGAAUGAACUGAGAGAGCAGACACUCGAACCCGGUAUUCAGCAGCUGAAAGUAAACUCUCCUGUCUACGUAGGAGGAAUCCCACGUGAGAUUCAGAAUUUUUAUAAAGAACUGGGGUUAGAACAAGGUUUCGGUGGUUGCAUGAAGGAUGUUAAAUUUACACAAGGUGCUGUCGUUAACUUGGCAUCUGUGUCCAGCAGUGCUGUCAGAGUCAAUCUGGAUGGAUGCCUAUCAACUGACACUGCUGUUAACUGCAGGGGAAAUGACUCUAUCCCAGUAUACCGAGGAAAAGAGCAGAGUGUUUAUGAGAGUGGUCUACAACCAUUUACAGAAUACCUUUAUAGGGUGGUUGCCUCAAAUGAAGGAGGGUCAGUAUCUAGUGUAUGGACCCGUGUUCGUACAAGAGAAUCAGUUCCACAAAAUGUGACAACUCCCUCAAGAGUUCACAGUAUAAAUGGUUACAGCAUUGAGGUCACCUGGGACAAACCUGCUGGGGUCAUAGGUGUAAUUGAGAACUACAUUUUGAAAGCAUAUGAAGAGGAUGGUCCCAAUGUACCCAUCACUAGUGCUGAGCUUGCUGACACUAGUAUGCUCACAGGCAUAUUGACAGGCUUGCAUCCCUUCACAAACUACGCUGUAACCCUAACUGCUUGCACUUUGGCUGGCUGUACUGAGAGCUUGCAUGCAUUGAACAUCUCCACUCCACAAGAAGCCCCUGAAGAUGUGCAGUCACCUACAGCAAUAUCCUUUCCCACGUUCCUACUGAUGAGUUGGAGUCCACCCAAAACACCAAAUGGUAUUAUCACCCAAUAUACUUUAUAUAUGAAUGCAGUACCAAUUUACUUUGGAAAUGGAACUAAAUAUGUUGUAAAAGAUUUAGCAGUUUUUACGCCACACCAGUUUCUGCUCACUGCAUGCACGCUUGCUGGCUGUACAAACAGUUCCCAGGUCACCUUGUUUACAGCACAGCUGCCACCAUCUCACGUAGAUGCCCCGGUCCUGACGGUUUUGGAUUCUAGAACGAUAUAUGUACAAUGGAAAGAACCAGUAGAAGUAAAUGGAAUCCUAGAUCGCUAUAUAAUUUAUAUUGCCAACAAUGAGCAGAAUUUUACAAAGUGGAAUGUAAUCUAUAACAGCACAGAACUUUUUCUGGAUUUUACUAUUCAGCAGCUUUUCCCGGGUACUGAAUACCUCAUAAAACUAGCUGCUUGCACUGGAGGUGGAUGUUCAAUAAGCAAAGCUAGCACAGCUAUAACAGAUGAGAGUACACCAGAAGGUGUUCCUGCUCCAAAAGCUCAGUCAUAUUCAUCUGACUCCUUUAACAUCUCAUGGACUAAGCCUGAGUAUCCGAAUGGUAUUAUUACUAGUUAUGGCUUGUAUAUGGAUGGUGUUCUGAUGCAAAAUUCAUCACAGCUAAGUUGUUAUGCUCAUGGACUUGCUCCUUGGAGUCUGCAUUCCUUCAGAGUCCAGGCAUGUACUGCAAAAGGUUGUGCUUUGGGUCCAUUGGUAGAAGCUCGGACCAUGGAAGCUUCCCCCGAGGGAACAGUUGAUAUAUUUGCUACUGUUGAUGGGUCCAAAAAAGUUCAAUUAAAAUGGCUUGCCCCAAAUAAACCUAAUGGAAAAUUGACCUACACAGUCCUUGUCACUGGUCUCUUCUACGCUGAUCAAGCUAAUGCUAAUUAUUCUAUUGUAAACGGUACUCAGAUGUUAUGCAGCAGCAACGAAUCCAAUGUAUGGGUACCCAUUAAAGGACUGAUUCCAUUUUCUAACUACACAGUACAAGUGGAUGCUUCCAACAGCCAGGGCAGCUUGAUAAGUGAUGCUAUAACAAUAGUCAUGCCUCCAGGAGCUCCAGAUGGCGUGAUGCCUCCAAGGCUUUCAUCUGCCACUCCAACCAGUCUUCAGGUUGUCUGGUCUACACCAGUUCGCAACAACGCCCCAGGCGCGCCCAGCUACCGACUCCAGAUGCGGCGGAGGCAUUCUGCUGGUGACAUUUUAGAUUUGCUUUCCAGCCCUACUGCUUCCUUACAACACAGGGUCGGAGAUCUUCAGCCGUACACUGAGUAUGAGAUGAGAGUGGUUGCCUCCAAUGGUUAUGGCAAUACUUAUAGCAACUGGACUUCAAUGACUACAGCAGAGGACAAACCUGGACCUUUAGAUCCACCACUUCUAUUGAAUGUUACGGCAAGGGCAGCACGCAUCACCUGGCAGCAUCCUUUAAAGCAAAAUGGCAUUAUCACUCAUUAUAAUAUUUACCAAAAUGGCCAGCUGCAUGCUACAGUGCUAGGAACUAGAUCUAAUUGCACUGUACAAGACUUGCAUCCUUACGCAGUCUAUGUGUUUCAGGUAGAAGGAUGCACUUCUAAAGGAUGCUCUCUUUCACCGGAGACCCCAGCAAUACGGACUCUUCCAGAUGCGCCUGAGGAUAUUCCUGCUCCAGAGCUCUAUUCUGACACUCCAACUUCUGUGGUCAUAUCCUGGCAACCACCUGCUCACCCCAAUGGUUUGGUGGAAAACCUUACUAUAGAAAGGAGGGUGAAAGGAACAGAACAAAUAUCAACUGUGGUGACUCUUCCUCUCAGUCAGUCCAUGAGCUACAUUGACCAGAGUACUGCUCUGAGCCCUUGGCAGAAAUUUGAAUACAGAAUGCUGAUGAGCACUCUUCACGGAGGCACGAACAGCAGUGCGUGGUCAGAAGUUACCACUAGACCAUCAAGACCUGCUGGUGUUCAGCCACCUGAUGCAGAAGUGUUGGGACCGCAUUCAGUUAAGGUCUCAUGGAAACCUCCUCUGAUACAGAAUGGUGAAAUCCUUAACUAUGAGAUUCGCAUGCCUGAUCCACGAAUUGUCAUUACUGGGAAUACUUCAUCAAUGUUAAGUCAUUUGGUGACUAAUCUUAUACCCUAUACAAACUACUCGAUCACUGUAAUAGCUUGUUCUGGAGGUGAUGGCUUUCUAGGAGGCUGCACAGAGAGUUUGCCUACCAGCGUGACUACACCUUCAACAGUUCCUCAGGGUGUUAGUCCAUUGUCUGUGACUCCAAUCAGCGAGUCCUUUAUUGCCAUUUCUUGGCAACCACCGCUAAGGCCGAAUGGUCCUCAUCUGAGAUAUGAGCUCCUGAGACGUAAAAUCCAGCAACCACUUGCAUCAAAUCCCCCUGAAGAUUUAAAUCUGUGGCACAAUAUUUACUCAGGAACUCAGUGGUUUUAUAAAGAUAAGGGUCUUAGCAGGUACACAACAUACGAGUACAAGCUCAUAGUGCACAACGAGGUAGGAUAUACAUCAAGUGAAGAAGUGAUAGCUACUACAUUAGCGGGAUUACCAGAGAAAGGAAGUAUCCUCAUUGCACGUGCUGUUAAUCAUACUGCUGUAGAAGUGGAAUGGUCAAAACCAACACUACAAGAUUUGCAAGGAGAUGUUGCAUAUUACACCCUCUUCUUGAAUUCUACUGAUGAUAGAAGAUCUCUGAAGAUCCAGGCUGACGUAAACUCUGUAAUCGUAGAUGAUUUGCAGCCCAACACAGAGUAUCAGAUAUUUUUUCAAGUUUUUAACGGAGCCCACAGCAUCAACAGUGAAGUUGUGCACGUGACUACCUCAGAUGGAGAGCCUGAGGGCAUGUUCCCUCCAGAGGUUGUCAUCAUCAACAGUACAGCUGUACGUGUCAUCUGGACAUCGCCUUCAAACCCAAAUGGUGUUGUCACAGAGUACUCUAUCUAUGUAAAUAAUAAGCAGUACAAGACUGGAAUGAACGAGCCGGGGUCCUUUCUUUUAGCAGAUUUGUCUCCAUUCACUGUAUAUGAUAUACAGAUUGAAGCCUGCACGGUGUAUGCCUGUGUGAGAAGCAAUGGGACCCAGAUUACAACUGUGGAAGAUGAGCCAAAGCAGCUGUCAGCACCCAUUAUUCACAUAAUUGGCUCAAGAUCUCUUCAAAUCAACUGGGCAUCACCAGGACAGCCAAAUGGCAUUAUCCUGGGAUAUGAACUCUUACGUAAAGCGUGGCAGAGGUGUACCCCAUCAAAGACUCCAAGGAGUAGCAAAAGUAAUAGAAUGUGCAUCUCAUUAGAAUGUAAAAAGCAUGAAAAUAUCUGUGGAGAAGUGUGUUAUCAUCCAGAGUUGAAGGUAUGUUGUAAUGGGAUUCUGCACGACAAUAAACCUGGCUUCCAAUGCUGCGAGGACAAGUACAUUCCAUUUAUUCUUAAUUCACCAGGGGUUUGCUGUGGUGGUCAGAUACAUGCUGUGCAACCGAAACAUCGGUGCUGUGGUGGUUAUUACACUAGGGUAUUAGUAGGAGAAGUAUGUUGCCCUAACGAAGGGCAAAACAGAGUUUCAGUUGGAAUUGGUGACUCCUGCUGCCGGGGAAUGCCUUACUCCACAUCAGGCAAUCAAAUCUGCUGUGGUGGAUCCCUCCAUGACAGUUUCAAUCAGCAGUGCUGUGGUGGAGAAGUCAUAAGCACAGACUUGGUCUGUUGUGGUGAUGAAGAAGAAGGGACUGCACACAGACCUCUCACAGGGAUGUUUUGUUGUGGGCAGGAAUACGUGAGUAUGUCAGAUACCAUAUGCUGCUCAGGUUCCAGUGGUGAGUUCCUAGCACAUGUUAGAAAGAAUGACCAAGUGCCAGUAAAAUGCUGUGAGACUGAACUUAUUCCAAAGAGCGAAGAAUGCUGUAAUGGAGUUGGAUAUAAUCCUUUGAAAUAUGUUUGCUCUGACAAGAUUUCAGCUGGAAUGAUGAUGAAGGUAAAAGAAGAAUGCAAGGCUAAUAUCCUUUGCCCUUUAUCUAUGGAGGCAACAGCACAUUGUGGAAAGUGUGACUUUGAUCCUAGGGAGAAUAUCUGUGCGUGGAUAAAAGGUUCACAGGGUGCUGCGGAAAAGGAGAUAAAGGAAGGUGUGUGUCCAGCUGAAGAGGAGACUGUCUACACAGGAAGUCCAAACCAGUAUUCAUUUACAGACCUGAACCUUGAACCUUUUAUCACAUAUGAGUACAGAGUGGCUGCUUGGAAUAGCUAUGGAAGAGGCUUCAGUGAAAUUAGCAGAGCUGUCACUAAGCAAGAUGUGCCACAGGGUGUAAGUCCACCAAAAUGGGCCAAGGUGGAUAAUCGGGAAGACAUGAUACUUCUAAACUGGGAGGAACCACUUCAACCAAAUGGUCUUAUUAUUCACUAUAUCAUUCUUCGAAAUGGAAUUGAGCGUUUUAGAGGAACAGAAAUGAGCUUCACAGACACAACUGGUGUCCAGCCAUACCAAGAAUAUUCAUACCAGCUGCGAGCCUGCACUAUUGCUGGUUGCGCAGACAGCAGCAAGGUAGUUGCAGUCACUGUCCAAGGAGUCCCAGAGAGUGUUCAGCCACCAGACGUCAGUGCUUUGAACUCAACAGCGUUACAUUUAAGCUGGAUUGCACCCAGGAAACCAAAUGGUAUCAUCAGAGAGUACCAGAUCAGUCAAGUAGGGAAAGGACUUAUAUACACUGACGCUGCAAGCAGAAUGCAGCACACAGUAUCAGGUCUGCAGCCAUAUACUAAUUACAGCUUCGUGCUUACUGCAUGCACAUCUGCUGGGUGUGCUUCUAGCCAACCACUUUCAGGUCAAACUUUACAAGCUGCUCCUCACGGGGUAUGGCCAAAACCUCAUCAUAUCAUAGUCAGCUCAACAGAAGUGGAAAUCUACUGGAGUGAACCAAAGAAACCCAAUGGACUCAUUACUCAGUAUCGAUUAUUUCGUGAUGGAGAACAGAUUUUCCUGGGUGGCAGUACAGACCUGAAUUUCACAGAUGUUAACUUGCAGCCUAACAGUAGAUAUGUUUACCAGCUGGAAGCCAGCACUUGGGGCGGCAGCAACACUAGUGAUAAAUAUGUUAUACAAACACCAGUGGGAACACCAGAGAAAAUUCAUGUCCCAUAUAAUGUCACAGUAAUUGAUGCAUAUUCUAUAUUUCUAGCUUGGGACAUGCCAGGGAUAUUCAUUGUCGAUGUGCCUUUGGAAUACAACAUCUUACUAAAUGCAAGCAGUCCCACUCUACUGGUGAAGCCAGUAGGACACGCACAUUUUGCUUUUGUCGAUGGCCUAGAUCCCUACACCCGGUAUGAAAUAAGAAUACAAGCAUGCCAGAAUGGUGGGUGUGGAGUGGGUGGUCAAACAUAUUCAAGAACUGCUGAAGCACCUCCUAGAGAAUUGAGCCCACCUAUCAUUAAAGCAAUGGGAACUGCACUCAUAGAAGUGAAAUGGGCACCACCUAAGAAACCAAAUGGCAUCAUUACUAACUACUUUAUUCACAGACGUCCUGUGGGCAGUCAAGAAGAGCUGCUUUUGUUCAUCUGGGCUGAAGGAGCUUUGGAAUUUAUUGACGCAUCCGAUGCUCUACAGCCUUUCACUCUCUACGAAUAUCGUGUCAGAGCUCAAAAUGCCGUGGGGUCAGUGGACAGCCCGUGGGCUUCAACCCAAACUCUGGAGGCUUCCCCAUGGGGCAUGGGAGCCCCUUGGGCACAAGCAACAAGUGCAUACUCAGUGCAGUUGAAUUGGACCCAGCCUGUCUCUCCCAAUGGUGUUAUAUCUUUGUAUCGAGUAGUCUAUCAAGAAAAACGCAGCGAUCCAACAUUUAGCAUCCCAGCUGUUACAGCACUAACCGUAAUGGGAACAAAGCAUCAGGCUCAUUUAUUUGGAUUGAAACCUUUCACAACAUAUCAUAUUCAUGUCGUAGCUGUAAACAAUGCCGGGCAGGUUUCAAGCCCCUGGACAUCUGUGCGCACAUUGGAAGCUUCACCCAGUGGCCUGAGCAACUUCACUGUGGAAAAGAAAGAAAAUGGCAGGGCUCUGCUGCUAAAAUGGUCAGAGCCCUCCCAACCCAGUGGCGUGAUUAAGACUUACAAUAUUUUCAGCGAUGACAACCUGGAGUACAGUGGUUUAUCUCGCCAGUUCCUCUUCAGGCGCCUUGAGCCGUACACUCUUUAUACCCUCGUGCUGGAGGCUUGCAAUGCAGCAGGCUGCACUCGUUCUUUGCCCCAGCCAGUCCAAACAGAUGAAGCACCCCCAACGUCUCAGAUGGCACCUGUAAUCCAGGCAUUGAACGCUACCAACGUUGAACUGAGCUGGUUGCAGCCAAUUAACCCAAAUGGAAAAAUAGUUCGCUAUGAAGUUAUUCACAGAUGCACAAAAGAAAAUGCUGCAGGGUACAGAGCAACAACAGAAGACGAGAAAAUUGUUUUCACAGAAUAUAACACUGAAAGUAAUACAUUCAUAUAUAAUGAUAGAGGUUUACAGCCAUGGACAAGGUAUGAAUAUAAAAUACGCACCUGGAAUGCAGCAGGCUAUGCUGACAGCUCCUGGACAGUGGCAAAGACCAGUCAAACUGGCCCAAAAGGUCUCGCUGCCCCCAGGUUAUCCUUGGUGUCAGUUAACCCCCGUAAAGUCCUCAUCUCGUGGGCAUCCCCGGCCCAGCCCAAUGGUAUUCUUCAGUCCUACAGACUGCUAAAAAAUGAUGUUCUCUAUCCUUUCAGCUUCGAUGCCGCUACUUUCAACUACACGGAUGAAGACUUACUGCCCUAUUCGAUGUACAGUUAUGCGAUAGUUGCCUGUACGAUGGGAGGCUGCUCUACCAGUGAACCAGCUGCAAUACAGACGCUGGAAGCAGCUCCUGCCUUAGUGGAUCCACCAUCUCUGCAGGCUGUUAGUGCCACUCAAAUUAAUGCAUCUUGGGCACCUCCCCAAAUACAAAAUGGAGAUAUCACCAAGUACAUAUUGAAAUUAAACAAUGAAGAGUAUUAUCCUGGCAAAAGUUUGCAAAUGUUUGUUUCUAAUCUACAGCCUUACACGCAGUAUGAUUUUGCAUUGGUUGCCUGUACUGCGGGGGGCUGCACAUCUAGCACAUCCCAGUCAGUGAUGACCAUGGAGGCCCCACCGUCAAAUAUGGAAGCUCCCAGGCUGCUUGUCAUGGGCUCAGAAUCAAUUGAAAUCACAUGGAAACUUCCAGCUAACCCCAAUGGUAAAAUCACAAGCUACGAGCUAAGGAGGGAUGGUGUUCUUGUUUACUCAGGUCUGGAAACUCGGUAUCUUGAUUUCACCCUAAUGCCAGGCAUGGAGUACAGCUACAUUGUCACUGCCAAUAACAGUCAAGGAAGUGUGACCAGCCCCUCAGCUCAGAUAAAAACCAACCCCUCUGCUCCGUCUGGGAUGUUGCCUCCUAGGUUGCAGGCAUGGUCCUCAAAGGAGAUUUUGGUGGCCUGGGAUCCUCCUAUCAAAGUAAAUGGUGACAUUAGAAAUUACACAAUCUCGAUCCACAAGCCUGCUGAAACAGGAAAGAAAACUGUUGACUUCGAUGCAUCUCAUGUUUCCUUUGUGAGACGGUCAUACAUAGUGGCAGAGCUACAACCCUACAGUAGGUAUGAAGUACAGCUCCAAGCUUGCACAGAGCUGGGUUGUGCCUCCAGUGAGUGGGCAGCGGUACAGACGCUGGAGGCGCCCCCGGCAGUGCAGCCUGCCCCUCUCAUAGAAAUACAGACCAGAGCCGGGGGCUUCCAGUCGACUUCUUCCAUCCUGUGGACUGGCCCACAGCAGCCAAAUGGGAAGAUUUUAUACUAUGAACUUUACAGAAGGCGAACGACUCAAGCCCACGUGAAUUUAGACCUCACACUUGUUUACAAUGGUUCUUCAACCUCCUUCAAAGAUGACAAGUUGCUGCCUUACACAGAAUAUGAAUAUCAGGUGUGGUCAGUAAACUCAGCGGGCCGGACGCCGAGCGGCUGGUCCCGCUGCCGGACGGGCCCUGGCCCUCCCGAGGGCCUGGGAGCUCCCCUCUUUGACAUGGUGGCGUCCACAGUGGCUGUGGUGAACAUCAGCCCGCCUCUUAAGCCAAAUGGGGUGGUCAGUAUCUACAGGCUGUUUUCUAAUGAUACCAGAGGAACUGAUGUGGUGCUGUCAGAAGGGACUGCCACCCAGCAGACAAUACAUGGGCUAAAACCUUUUACCACAUACUCCAUUGGCGUGGAGGCCUGCACCUGCUUCAACUGUUGCAGCAAAGGACCCAUGGCCCAAAUCACCACACAGCCGGCUCCACCCUCAGAGCAGCCCCCCCCGCAGAUCCGCACCGUGACCUCCAGGAAUGCCUCUUUCCAGUGGAGCGCCCCUCAGUCACCCAAUGGCAUUGUCACCAGCUAUGAGCUCCAUGUGUAUAUGGCUUGUCCCCUUAACCUACAGCCAGCAGUGAAGGUUUGCAGUCCUGGCCCAACUGAGGUGAAGUAUACAGGAAAAGGCCAGAGUGCCAACGUGUCCAACCUCGAGCCUUACACGACUUACAACCUGCGAGUCGUGUCUUACAACUCUGUUGGCAGCAGCGCCUCAGAAUGGAUUGGUUUCACUACAGAAAAGGAGCCACCUCGGUACACGGCUCCAUUCUCCGUUGUCAGCAAUUUAUCUACCAUCCACAUAGACUGGAGCCGCACUUUUGUACUGAACGGCCGCCUGAAGGAGUACGCGUUAACUGAGAGCGGGCAACGCAUCUACAGUGGCUUUGACACUGAGCUGUAUUUACCAAGGACAUCUGACAAAACCUUUUUGUUUCAAGUGACCUGCAUCACCGAUGAAGGGAGCGCCAUGACACCGGUCAUCAAGUACAGCGCUGGAGAUGGAGUUGGUCUGAUCUUGACAACACCUGGGGAGAAGGACAAAGCGGAGUCCAAACGUGCAAAAUUCUACAAUGAGUUGUGGUUUGCAGUGCUGAUGGUAGUUCUAGGUUUGAUCCUCUUGGCUAUUCUUCUCUCCUUAAUUCUUCAAAGGAAAGUCCACAAGCAACCCUAUGCACGAGACAGACCUCCUUUAGUUCCACUCCAGAAAAGAACGUCACCGAUGAGUGUGUAUUCAUCAGGUGAAACCCAUCCGUUUGAGACCAUUGCUGACACGUCUGAUUCAUCAAGCAGUGUCACUCUCAAAAGUUACACAAUGCACUUCGAGGGGCUGGCAGAUACAAAAAUUCCAGGAGCUGGUUCUCCCAUGAGCAACCAUAGCGUCCAUAUCGCAUCUGGGGCAAGAAGACCAAGUCAGAGCCAGCUCAGUCGCACAUAUUCCCAAGCCUCUCUUCAUCGUAGUGUCAGCCAGCUGCUCAACCUCUAUGACAAAAAGUCUCUUGCUGAAGAACCACCUUGGGAUGCCAUUAUUCGCAGUCAUCGCACUACCGGUCGUGGCUUGUAUGUAGAUGAAGAAGAUCUUGUCAAUGUCAUCAAAGGCUUCAGCACAGUCACCAAGGAGCACACCACAUUCACUGACACCCACCUCUGA